AUGUCACCCUCGAAGGGUGAACAUCUGAAGCUAAGCGCCGGCGAUUUGAUUGACAACCGCUUUGAGGUUUUGGAGGAGGUUGGAUGUGGAAACUUCUCCAAGGUGUAUUACUGCUUCGGUACGCCAAAGGCUGGUGGAGUCAGACGACAGCCGGUUGCGGUGAAAGUUGUUAAGAAGGAAUACAAGAACGAUGCGUAUUUUGAACAGGAAAUGUUGCAGAUACUAUCUCAGAAAAAGAAUGGUAGAGCUUCGGUAUGCCAGAUGUUAGAGUUUUUUGAGUGGAAGGGCUACCCAGUGUUUGUGAUGAAGAUAUAUGGCCCCUCGCUGCGAGAGCGACGCCUCGGCUACGCUAACGGUGUUGUAACACGGGAAAAGGUAGUGCAGGUUGCACACUCUCUUCUGGAGACAUGUCGGUUUAUACAUAUUGACUGCCGAAUGGUGCAUACUGAUUUAAAACCGGAAAAUAUCCUUCUCGAGAACAUAACAACCUCAAAGAGUAGUAUUGGUGAUAACUGGGUGGUGUGUGAUUUUGGAAGCUCAUCCCUCUGGCGAAUGGAUCAUCUCGAUUCAGACCUCAUCACAACCCGUCCAUAUCGUGCUCCAGAGGUUGUGCUUGGGAACCCGUGGUAUCAUCCUGCAGAUAUGUGGAGCGUUGGGUGUAUCAUCUUUGAAUUGGCAAUAGGUCGACGUCUGUUCGAUGUUCGUGAUGAUCUUACACAUCUGCAGCUCAUGGAAAGGUGCCUUGGUCCCCUUCCUGACUUGUUCAGGCGUAGGUCCAAGAAUUCACGAUCUUUCUUUGAUCAAAACGGAAAUUUCCUUCGUGAUUGCGACGACGUUAUUUUGGGGAGGAUGCGCAGCAGAACCUUGGCUGAGUUACUUCCCGGUGAUACCGAGUUGUGCGACCUCAUUGCAUCGAUGCUCGUGUAUGAUCCAGAGAGUCGUGCUACCGCAGAAGAGGCGCUGAAGCACCGUAUAUUCAAGCAACCCUUCAUCCUGUCAAACUCGACUGCCUCCAACAAGAGAUCUAAUACCCCGGCAAGGGGCGGCAACCCCAUUAAAAAGCUUGCCACGCCGCGUGCGACGUCGAGUAUUAGAGUAAAGGCUAUAGUUGGGUCCGGGAAUGCGAAGGAAGCCCAAAACGGACAGCCGGCGGUACGGAUUCCUGUAUGUGACAAAGUCACACCAACCUCUAGUCACAACAAGAGUAUCGAUGGUGACGGCGCAACCGAUACCAAAUGGAGUCGUCCUAUCGAAAACGUUAAUAGAAAUUUUUGUGAGCCGGCACACGCACCGGGGCUUCCAGCCUUGGAACAGCCUACUUCCACGCGACACCCAUCAUUGUCCACUGUGUGUGGUAAAUCCGUCACGGAUUCUAAACACAUCUCGCAGCAACCUAUGGAAGUAGAAACCGCUUACGAUCGCAAACCCUUUGAAACAUCCGUGGCGAUGUUGCAAUCAUCCAAGUCAAACACAUCAUCGGUAGUCAUCUCUUCUGUGCCGUCAUUUACCAAAGAGGGAGAGCGAAAAAAGGGACGAAACGGCCCCGUGGCCACGCUGAGAAGCGGCACGGACUGCGACCAGUCAUCGCCACAAAAUACCCUCGUGGAGCUGCUACCAACAACACCGAGUGCGGAGGCCGGGUCACAGCCGGGGAUGACUUCAUCUCCAGGACGACAAGCGGAUGUUUCAUGUGGCUCUAACCCUUCCCCCGUUAUCGCGCAUCCGACAAAGACGAUACCCACAAAGGAAAAGGAGUGCGUGCGGGAAAGCCAUAAGGAGCUGUCGAUUUCCCGCGACCUCGAGUGCGUUCCGCCCAGCAAACGCACAACAUACGGCAAAGAGACCGUUGGGGCUCUCCAUGAAUACCAACUGGGCACAGGAGCGGGGACGGACGUAAAUGCGGAGGCAUCACCAACGUCAACUGAAGGAGCUUUAACCACAUUUGGAAAAACUCCGACUGAUGCUGCCGAGGCAUACGAGCGCUUGGCAUCCUCGACCCCAUCCACCAUGAAGGGAAAGGAGAGCAGUAAACGGAAGCAAAGGGAACCCGUCAGCAUGCGCUCGCCUAGUAAACCUGGCCACGUGUCAGCCACUGUUUUUGACACCGGUCGAAUGGUGACGGAAGCUCCAUUUCCCCCCCAUUGUUCAACAGUAGUGGAGCCGCGUGGUGACUCUUCUACCAACAAGGGGGUUCCGGCACCUUUUUUACUCUCUGGGGAGGCGUAUUUCGUUGCCUUUCCUCAUGUUGGCGGCCCUGUUGUGCACACAAGUAAUGAAACCAUACUUCCCAACAUUGCGAAGGACCAGCGUCACCACCUUGCCCCGUUCACCCCGAGACAACAACAACAACGCCGAUAUGAGCCAAAGACGCUUCGUUCACCCCCUCCUGCAUCAGUCGGCCAACCAACUCUCCAAAGAAUUAACACGGUGUACGCUACCACAAGCGGUAACAAAAUGUUCCCCAAUGAAAUGUACGGCCGGGGUGAUGCGGGGCGGCCUUCCAACCGGCAGAGUAGCACACCGACGACGACUCAAGGAAGAAGUUCUACGGUUUCUGCUUCAGAGGUGGGUCGAAACUCUCGGCAGAACUCCACCAGUCUUUCCGAAAGUUGCAAAAACCUUUACCAGCUAUCUCGGUUACAGGCAGUGCCGGCCUUCAAAGCAAAGGACCAUCCAUCACCACCUCAGCAAGUGGCGUACGUGACGGGGAAGCGCCGGAUAGUAAAUUCCAAUAGUCAAGUGUCAGUGUCAGUGUCGGCUCAAGGAAGCACUGGGAGUUCAGCAAAGGCUCCACGCAAAUCAGUGGGAGCAAAAGAAAUGCCGGGUGAUACACAUGGCAAUAGGCAGAGCAUCACUGGAUCCCGUGAUGUAAGGCGUAGAGUGGUAUCGAGUUAUUCAACAGUUAAUGAGGGAAACAUACGUAGAAAGGGUACAAGCGCGCAGCAGGACAAUAUGGACGAGAGAGUGAACCUCAUCACGGGCAAUAUCGCUGACUUUAUUGGCAUUUCAUCCGCACGUGGCAAGACAAAACCAUCGAUGGAAGGGGGAUCCAAUUAUCACCCUGCGCAUAUUCCAUAUCCCCCAUCUUCUGAAGCGCAUGGAAAAAGAAAGUAA